CUUACACACAGCUACGUCAUCCGCCUGGUCACGUGACGCGCGCACCAAGCUAGAGUGUUUGGUGCUGGCUGAGCGUUUUGGAGGAUCUUCAGCGCGCUCGUGAAUGUGUGUGUGUGUGUGUGUUUCUCGGGGAUGAGGAGUGUGUGCGUGUCCGGGGAAGCAGCAGGCUGGCCGUGACGGGGCGGGAAGAGGAGCUGGAAGAAGUGCUGUCUCUGAGAGAGAGAGCUCAUCCCCUGCUCCCAGGGGGCUCCUCCGCCCUCUCUCUCUCUUUAUCUCUCUCUCUCUCUCUCUCUCUCUCUCUCUCUCUCUCUCUCUCUCUCUCUCUCUCUCUUUCUCUUUACCGCUCGAGCGCAGUAUAAACACGUGUAAUUACCACACAACAGCUGAGCUCAAAUCCUGCAUUUAAAAAAAGAGAAAAGGAUAAAACAAACAACAAGAGAAAAAGAAGAAGCCCCUCGCUCUCUCUCUCGCGCGCGCUCGUGCCGACCCCCUCUCUGGCGCGUGGUGCACGCGCGCGGCUUCUUUCCCGGGCGCUGGUAAAGUUUAUCCUGCGCGGCUCGAGCAUGAGCGAGCUGGACGAGGACUUCGCUAAGCUGCUGCUGCUGAAGGAGGAGAGGAUCCGGGACCUGGAGCGGCGACUGGCCGAUCGCGAACACGAGCUGCACGAGCUCAAGCGCAAGCUGCACAAGUGCCAGUCGGUGCUGCCGUGCGCGCCCGUGCUGGGCCCGCGGACGAGGCGCGCGCAGGGCAUCUCCGCCGAGCCCUCAACGCCCCGGGACGUGGCCAGGCAGACCUUCCGCAAACACGGCAAAACAGACAGGUCCAAGGACUUGAUCAAAGAGGCCAUAUUAGACAAUGACUUCAUGAAAAACCUGGAGCUGUCUCAGAUCCAGGAGAUUGUGGACUGCAUGUACCCAGUGGAGUACAGCAAGGACAGCUGCAUCAUUAAAGAGGGAGAUGUGGGUUCCCUGGUCUAUGUUAUGGAAGAUGGAAAGGUCGAGGUGACUAAAGAAGGCUUGAAGCUCUGCACCAUGGGACCUGGGAAAGUGUUUGGAGAGCUUGCCAUCCUUUACAACUGCACCAGGACAGCCACAGUAAAAACUCUAACCAAUGUGAAGUUAUGGGCCAUCGACAGGCAGUGCUUUCAGACCAUCAUGAUGAGGACCGGACUGAUCAAGCAUGCAGAGUACAUGGAGUUUCUAAAAAGUGUUCCAACAUUCCAUGGCCUUCCAGAAGAAAUACUAAGCAAGCUGGGAGAUGUCCUCGAGGAGACACAUUAUGAAGAUGGGGAUUAUAUUAUCAGACAGGGAGCAAGGGGUGACACUUUCUUCAUCAUUAGUAAAGGAAAGGUGACAGUGACCCGAGAAGAUGCUGCCAGUCAGGAGACAGUGUACUUGCGAUCUUUAGGGAAGGGUGACUGGUUUGGUGAAAAAGCCUUACAAGGAGAGGAUAUCAGGACGGCAAAUGUCAUUGCUGCAGAAACCGUUACUUGCCUUGUUAUUGAUAGAGAGUCUUAUAAGCACCUUAUUGGAGGUUUGGAGGAUGUAUCAAGCAAAGGAUCUGAAGAUGCAGAGGCCAAAGCAAAGUACGAGGCAGAAAAUGCUUUCUUCUUCAACCUGCACCUGUCAGACUUCAACAUCAUAGACACGCUUGGUGUUGGAGGAUUUGGACGCGUCGAGUUGGUGCAACUAAAGAGUGAUGAGUAUAAGACAUUUGCCAUGAAGAUCCUAAAGAAGCGGCACAUUGUUGACACCAGACAACAGGAGCACAUCCGCUCAGAGAAGCUCAUCAUGCAGGAAGCUCACUCAGACUUCAUCGUCAGACUGUACAGGACAUUUAAGGACAGUAAAUAUCUGUACAUGCUGAUGGAAGCAUGUCUAGGAGGAGAGCUGUGGACCAUACUCAGAGACAGGGGUUCAUUUGAUGAUUCCACAACUCGAUUCUACACAGCAUGUGUAGUGGAGGCUUUCGCUUACCUGCAUUCCAAAGGCAUUAUUUACAGAGACCUCAAACCAGAGAAUCUGAUACUGGACCACAGGGGCUAUGCCAAGCUGGUGGACUUUGGCUUUGCUAAGAAGAUCGGAUUUGGGAAGAAGACGUGGACAUUCUGUGGCACGCCAGAGUACGUGGCCCCAGAAAUCAUUCUUAACAAAGGUCAUGAUAUCUCAGCAGACUACUGGUCCCUGGGCAUCCUCAUGUAUGAGCUGCUGACUGGCAGCCCUCCAUUUUCAGGCCCUGACCCUAUGAAGACUUACAACAUCAUCCUAAGAGGCAUUGACAUGAUCGAAUUUCCAAAGAAAAUCACCAAAAAUGCUGCCAAUCUCAUUAAAAAGCUAUGCAGGGAUACUCCUUCUGAAAGACUAGGAAACUUGAAAAACGGAGUCAAAGACAUUCAAAAGCACAAAUGGUUUGAAGGCUUUAACUGGGAGGGCUUACGGAAGGGAACACUCACACCUCCCAUCAUCCCCAGUGUAACAUCAGCCACAGACACAAGUAACUUUGACAGCUUUCCUGAGGACAAUGAAGACCCUCCUCCUGACGACAACUCAGGCUGGGACGGGGACUUCUGAAGCUACUCCACACACUGGCUCACUUUUCACACACCAAACAAAAGACCUGCUCCACUGUUGCCUGGAACAGAGCUGCUUCUUUUGGACAGGCUGCAUUAAGGACUGAAAAAGAGAAAGUGAAGAGACUAUGGGAGUAAAAGAAGAAAAUUUGUUUUGGUUAGCCUUGACUGUUGCAAUAGAGAAAUUCAAUUCCUAUGGACUUAAAGCUGCAAGGGAAUCAGAGCUUCAGGCUCUCUACUACACGAGUCCCAACAACGGGGGCAUAUCAUUCACAUUGUGUGUGCGUGUGUAUGGGUGGGUGCGUGCGUGCGUGUUUACCAGGGGUGUAAACAUCCUGGUGUUUGCUCUUGUGUACUUGCCUCAAGCUCCUCUUAUCAUACUAUAAUGGAGAUAUGUUGCAGCAGGUUGUGACCUCACUCUUUAUCAUUUUGUCCUCGAUUGGCUGCAAACUCUGUGCCGUCCCAGCGUUGUGCAGAGGGCUGUGUAAAGUAUGCUGUAGAGAUUUGGAUUUAUACACUGCAUCAUGAAGCUAGAAUUCAGGGGUUCCCAGACAGACCUGAAUGUUAUUCUGAUAGCUGAUGAGGCAUUAUAGAACAUGUACAUAGUAAUAUAUUACCCAAACAAAUAUGAGCAGCAUUCGCUGAUUAUCCUAAAAAAGCACAAAGUUCUGUUGCAUUUAGAAUAAUGGAUUGGUACUAGGUUUCAGAAGUGCCCUGUGCAGACACUGCAUAACCACUGCUCUUCCUCUUUCCUCCUUGUAUGUGAUGUGAUGAUGGCGGAUGGAUAUGACGGCUGGUGAUACAGCCAGCCAAGGGCUUGUGCAAAUGUUGGAUUUAUCAGAAUCUCCCAAUGUGCCUCAGAUUCUUGACACCGUUCAUAUAUCAUAUAUCAGCCCCAAGGCCCCUGCUCAAUUCAAAACACUCACCAUUUUAAUGCUAAAAUUUCUUCCAUAUUCUCACUAAAGCUCAGGCUAAAGCCCGGGUUUCAGAGAACAGCUUAACCAUAUUUGAAACACUGUGAUCAGGUGUGUUGGUCUUAGAAUAUUAUUAUUGUGAUUAAUUUAAACUUUUAAGUCUAAGUCUAUGUAAUGAUGUGGUUGACAAACUACAGCUGAAUUCAGGUAUAUAUCAUUUAUUUGUUUUUGAAUACAUGAAUACAUCAAAACCACACACUAUCUAUCCGACUCCACUGAAAUACUGACUAUCUGAUCAUAAAAAGAAACAGUGCCUUAAAUCAAUGGCAUCCGAAAACACUCUUAUGACCAUUAAUUGAUGUGCUGCACGACAAAGCCUCAAACCGAUGCCCUCCAUCCAUUUCCCCACUGUUCUCUAACAGACAUUUUUUUGGUGUUUAAAUGUAAAUCUGAACCUGUGCCCAGCUAGACACUGUGAAACUGAGGAAUGACACAGAACUGUCUUUCUUAUAUAAGCGGCUGGAUCAGCAGGGCAGAUUAAAGCAGUAAACACUUUUCUUGUUGUUUCAGUACUAAACACACUACAAAGUACUCAGUGUACGCAGUCCAUGUAGCAUUUAUCUUUUUAAACUGCACUGAGGUGCCUGCCCUCCGUCCUGGUUAUUCCCCUCCAGCCCAUCUCUGUUCCACUUCUUUAACUGACAGCACCCGAAGACUUUCUGCACGUCUUGGAUGCUAUCUCAUAAAGAGCCUCCAUGUUGGUGCAAAUAUUGCUCAUAAAAUUUACUCCCACUAAACAGAGAGGAGGCAGUGAUCGUUAUUUACAGUUAAAUGUACCAACAGAAGAUUAUAGGUUAAGAUUGUUUGUGAUGGUACUUUUUUCUUCUAUUUAAGUUUUGGUGAUCGACAAGAAAAAAAUCCAGAGACCUACAUACUUGAAACAUUUUCAGUUCAUAAAAAGCAACAGGCACAUGUAAUAAUGUGUGUUACUAAAUUGUUAAUUUUUUAAAGUCAAGUAUGUUGGAAUUCUUUGACUUCUCUCCAGUUUAGCUCGGCCAGUUAGCCCACCACCUCACCAGGGCUCCCCCUAUCAUUUGCAAUGUUCCUAAUACUGGGAAGGUGAGGAUAACCACCAAACAGCUCGGUCCUGUCAAAUGUUCAACUAUAAAGUACAAGAAUUCAACAAUGGCAAUCAGAGCAGAAUUUCCCUCAGAAUAAAUUGUAUUAUUGGACAUGAAAUGAUACAAUUAAUAUACAAUUUCUGUUCUUAAUCUACAAUUACAGUUUCAGACCUAAUCUUGAAUUUGAGUCUGCCUUACUAAUCCAAGGCUGCUCUAAAUCUGCAUUGCUUUCAUUUGUCAUUGAUUGGUGUGAAUUAUUUCCAAGAUAUUUAUUUAUCUGACUGUACUCUGAUGUCCUUGUACUGCAAAACCACUUGCAGUGUGCCUGUUAAACUUUAUAAACCUGAAAUAAAGACAGAUUUCUUUUA